GCGCCGCGCAACCCCAACAGCACGCUGGUGGACGAGCUCGAGGCCUCCUUCGAGGCCUGCUUCGCCUCGCUCGUCAGUCAGGACUAUGUCAACGGCACCGACCAGGAGGAGAUCCGCACCGGCGUUGAUCAAUGUAUCCAGAAAUUUCUGGAUGUUGCAAGACAAACUGAAUGCUUUUUUCUACAAAAAAGACUGCAGCUCUCAGUUCAGAAACCAGAGCAAGUUAUUAAGGAGGAUGUAUCAGAAUUGAGGAAUGAAUUACAGAGGAAAGAAGCACUAAUUCAGAAGCAUUUGGGUAAACUGCGUCACUGGCAACAGGUUCUAGAAGACAUCAGUGUGCAACACAAAAAGCCUGCAGAAAUGCCUCAAGGACCAUUAGCUUACCUGGAACAAGCUUCUGCUAAUAUUCCUGCACCCAUGAAACAGACAUGAUUAAGGAAAAUGUCAGUGUCUUUGAGCGGUAUUUUAACUUAAAGCAAAGUGGUAUUGAUUUUUUUUUUUUUAUUUGCUAUAUGCAUAAUGUAUUUUAUAUUAUAAAUAUAAAUAGUAUUUGUUCUGUUGUGACAGUGGGACAGAGAACUAAGUGUAAAAUAAAUUUAAUCUUUUCCACAAACCAUGGACUGGGUC